AGCACUAUGUCCGAUUCAGAAUUCAAAGUUAUUCCGAAGCAGGGAUCUACAAAGAAGACUCCUGCUGCACGCCAAAUGAAGCGUUCGCGAGCCCCUCCGUCGAUUUCGUCGAUUGACCAGGAGAAUACAAAGAAGAAAGCAAAGACACACGACAUCUUCGGGCUAAGUCACGGGCGCACGGUCGGCAAUGAAGGAAGCGACAAGAGGAUCGUAUCGUACUUCGUGAACAAGGUGGCGAACGGGUCAGAGCGGCGUACAACUAGCUUGGAUGGCGAAUACGUGGUGGACUUGAAGAUAUACCAUGCCAACGACGUGAACAACACUGAUUCAAGAGAAGUCUGGCGCAAGGCUCUUCUACGAAUCAAGCUGCAGACUCCGGAUGACAGCGAUGAGUGGAAGUUGUUACAGAAGCUAGUUACACGAAUUGACAAAAACUUUGAAGAUGAACCACGAUUUUACUCUGACAAACUUGUAGAUUGAACACGAUUGAACAAA